CUGUCAGAGGCGCGAAGGCGCUGAGGCAUCACUUCACUCGCGUGGCACUGAAAGCUGUGGCGAGUCCGAGAACGGCUGCUUAGUAGGGAUGCUGAGCUUGGUACCGCACCCCUCAAAGAUGUCCGUCCAGUUUGAACAGCAUGUGACUGCAGAGCAGGGCUAACGACCAGGAACUGAACGAAGCGGACCAUACAUUCAUUUAAAAUUAGUAAGUAAACGAAUGAAAUGGGAAAAUAAUGUGCUGAGCCGAAUGACAUUCCGAAUGGGCCUAGAUGUGUUGCGCAUGCUAUAAUAAAUGAAUUUAUGUUGCAUGCGCUUGCACUCGCAAUAUUUUCCCUUGGCGGGAGUGUAUCCAGACUGUUUUGCCUAAGUUAUUUCUAUAGCUCGAAGGUCCGAGAUGGACUUUUAUUUUUGGGGGGUUCCAUUUGCCUUUUUCUUUAGCCUAUAUAUGCAAGUGCGUUAUGGCGUUUCAUAAAUCCUGCCUUGCAUAUGCUGUCCAGUGGCGAGUGACACCGCGCGCAUCACGGGAACACUACGUAUAUUACAUUUAUAUCAUAUUUUCCUUGAAUUUGUUUUCGAGAGAAGUAUCACUCACACGGUUAAAUUAUACAUUUCUCAAUGUGAAGCUAGAGGUGUACGAAUAUGAAGAAAAUUGCUGAACUUCACAACUACGUUAUCUGCGUCUCCUUGAAGUCAUAGGCUCACGCAUGCCCGCAUCUAGCUAUAUAUAGCCUACAUAUGACAUCGGAAAUGAAAGCGCAGGGCGGGAUUAUGUGCGAGCUGCAUAGAGUGCAUUAUUUAUGAAUGCAAAGAAUAAACAGAGAGCAGUGAAAUGUACACAGGCAGCCCAAUUCUGAUAUUUUGCCCAAUUGUUGUCAAAGGAGCUGAUCUGAUUGGUCAAAAGACCAAUUAGUGGGAAAAAAGAUCAGAAUUAGUCGCCUGUGUAAACACAGCCAUAGUGUAUGGUUCCAGCAGCAUAGGCCAACACAUCUGACACAUCCUCAAACUAGAUGGCAGUUCAAAUGUUUUACAGAAGGGGUUGGCGAUAUUUAUCUGUUGAAUUGAACCCUUUCCUUGCAGUCACUCUGUUGGAAGGGCUAUAACUCCGGCAGCCAUGGCUAACAGAGGACCCAGCUACGGACUAAGUAGGGAGGUUCAGGAGAAGAUAGACCAGAAGUAUACUCUGGACCUGGAGGCCAGACUGGUGGACUGGAUCAUCUUGCAGGUUGGGGGGAACAUAGAGCGACCAGAGCCUGGGAGACUAAACUUCCAGAGCUGGCUCAAAGAUGGAACGGUGAGUCUCUGACCCAAACUCUGGUUGACAUAGGGCAGCAGGUAGCCUAGGGAGGAAGGCACUUAGCCCUAAUUGCUCCUGUAAGUGGCUCUGGAUAAGAGCGUCUGCUAAAUGACUAACAUUUUUACAUAACCUCAUGCCUUUACUGUAUUCUAAACCUAACUCUUAAAGAUGCAGUCCGGGAUCUUAUGCACAACAAAUUUGUUACAUAUUGUACUAAUUCGCAACAUAUCAUACCAACUGGGGGGUGGGGGGAAUUAACAUAUCAUACGAAAUGGAUGACAUAGUACACAAUUGAAUGAUGUGGUACACAAAAAACGGGGACCCGUUUUGGCUCGUGAGCACCACUUUCAAAACUACUGACUGAAAUUAUACAAAAAUUCUGGAGCAUCACUUUAAAACACACAUAAACAGAUAAUCGCAGUGCUAGCUGUGCCACUAGAGAUCCUGGUUCGAAUCCAGGCUCUGUCGUAGCCGGCCGCGACCGGGAGACCCAUGGGGCGGCGCACAAUUGGCCCAGCGUCGUCCAGGGUAGGGGAGGGAAUGGCCGGCAGGGAUGUAGCUCAGUUGGUAGAGCAUGGUGUUUGCAACGCCAGGGUUGUGGGUUCGAUUCCCACGGGGGGCCAUUAUGAAAAAAUAAAUAAAAUAAUAAUGUAUGCACUCACUAACUGUAAGUCGCUCUGGAUAAGAGCGUCUGCUAAAUGACUAAAAUGUAAAUGUAAAAAUGUAAUAAUCUCAGACUCUAAUCCACCAUGGUCAUAAUGUGCCAUAUUUGAUAGCCUUAGGCAUUAUGGGGUUUCUCCUACAAGCAACCAACCACGGCCACCCCUGAUGAGGCUGGGUGGGUGUAGGCCAGUUGUAUCCUGUCAUUACAAUAUUAAAUCUCUCAUUGCAGAUUCUUUGUAGGCUCAUUAACAGCCUCUAUCCCACUGGUCAAGAGCCCAUAAAGAAGAUCCCAGAGACAAAAAUGGUCUUCAAGCAGAUGGAGAAGAUCUCCCAGUUCCUGCAUGCAGCUGAAGCUUAUGGGCUGAUCACCGGGGACCUUUUCCAGACUGUGGACCUGUGGGAAGGUACAGCUCUCCUAAUACAGUAGUGAUUCCACUCCAGCAUAAACUCACAUGCAGCAACCUGUUAGUUGUUAUGAUAGAUAACUUCAGGUAUGUAAAUAUAUGGGUUCAAUAUAAUAUAACUUCCUGGCAGAUCAUACAUUUUCUUCUACAAAAACAAAUUUGUAUUAUACCCAAUGAGGACCUACUAAAGCCAAAUAUGGUAUUGAAAUAUCUGUCUGGUAUUUGGUGUGACUACAGGGAAGGAUAUGGCUGCCGUGCAAAGGACCUUGUCGGCUCUAGGCAGUAUGGCGCUCACAAAGGAUGAUGGUCAAUAUCGUGGUGAACCUGAUUGGUUUCAUAAGUAAGGAACUAAUCAUCUGUUUGUAAUGAGUUCUACAAAACAGCAAAGAUACUUUGUCAAUUUCUUUAUUACAUACCACUCUAAAAUUAGCUAUUUACAAUAAGUUGCAUGACCUAACCCCCACCACCUCUCUCAUCUGUUUGUUUAUGCUUCCAUGUUAUUACUGUCUGACAUACAUUUUAAUCUCUCUUGUACAAACAUCCACCACAGCAGGUAAUUGACCAGUUUUGUCUCUCCUGUGCUUUCAGGAAAGCUCAGGGAAACCGGCGGGAGUUUUCUGAGGAGCAGCUGCGUCAAGGCCGUAGUCUGAUUGGCAUGCAGAUGGGCGGCAACUCAGGGGCUUCUCAGUCUGGCAUGACAGGGUACGGCAUGCCACGCCAGAUAAUGUAAAAAUGUCACGUCUCCCCUAAAUGGAUCCAAAGUUUCUCUCUCAUUAGCGCAGGGGCAGCGUGAAGUUUCCCAGAUGAUCUCUCUAUAGGGGCCCUAGAUGUCACUUCAUACUGAAAAUCUCACUGUGCUCUAACCGAGUAUUAUAGACAUCCUUCAAUAAACCUUUGUAUGAGCUCAGUGGCUCUACGGCUGCGUUUACACAGUCAGCCCAAUUCUGAUAUUUUUCCCCCCACUAAUUGGUAUUUUGACCAAUCACAUCAGAUCUUUUUCAGAGGUGAUCUGAUUGGUCAAAAGACCAAAUAGUGAAAAAAAUAUCAGAAUUGGGCUGCCUG